AUGGACGACUCGGAGGAUUUCACGCUUCGGCGUAUGGUCUUUCUGUUCCUACUUCCCUUGUCUCCCCCCCCCCCCGAUGGCGGUCGGAGGCCCGACGCAGGACCGGGCGGCGGGAACCCCAGCAGGACGUUCAGCACCUUCGAACCCCAGUGGGGCGCUUCCGGAAGGGAGCCCCGGUCCAGAGCCGGCACGUCUGUUCAGCAGCCGCCCGCCGUGGAUCCAUCCAGCUCGGUCGGGUUCGACGGCAACGCAAAUAGUCGGCCUGGAGUUCGGGACAACGCAAGCGCCGGCUCCCGGGGAGAGACGGGAGCUCCUCGUACGGAUGGUUCUGUGGGUGGUUCUGUGGGCCGGUCCGCCCUGCGACCCCCGGGGUCCCGGGCCGCGGCCCCCCGCCCCCCCACAGGCCGCUCCUCCUCGCCCUCCCCGGCCAACCAGCCCUCUCCUCCGGAGCACCAGCGCUCCCACCGCCCCUCGCUCCCCGACAUCUCGCGCCCCUCCCAGAACAGCGGCGGCGGCGGCUCUUCCUCCACCGGCGGCGGGAUGAAGCACAGCACCUCCGCCCCGCCGCCUCCUCCACCCUUUAACCGAGGAGGACGUAGGAACGCUCCGCCAACUCCCGGCCAGAAGGCACAAGCUCCGCCUUCCUCGUCCUCCUCCCACAGCAGAGAGAAGCCCCUCCCACCGACGCCCAACAGAGGCCACACCCCUCCCGGCAACGCGAAGCCGCCUCCGUCUUCCAGCAGGCCGCCGACGGGCGGCUCCUCGGCUCCUCCGCCUCCCCCGCCGUACAGGCCGCACUCGUCGGCCGGCGUCUCCAACGGGCCGGCCCAGGUGGACGGGGGCGGAGCUCCCCAGCUGCCGCAGAGGCGCAACUCCCUGCACAAAAAGCACACGUCGGGCGGCCAAGGACGCAGCCACGCUCCUCCUCCACCUCCCCUCUCAUCGUCUCCGACCUCCCAGCAGGCCGGCAGGCCGCCUCCACCCGCCAGGGAGCCGCCGGGCCGCAGAUCAGCUCCCCAGGUGCCCCCCUCUGGGACUCGUAACGGCGGUCGGGACGCCCCUCCCCCUCCUCCUCCGUACCGCGUCCACAGCGCCGCGGCCUCGGAGGCCCACAGCCGAAUGGCCAAACCACACCCUCCCCCCUCCUCUUCCUCCUCCCUAUCAUCCUCCUCUUCCUCCCGGACCCCGGCCGGACCCCCUCCGCCGCCCCCGCCCGUCCGGAACGGCCACUCCUCCGUCUCCUCCUCCAAGUCCAUCAUGGAUGAUUUUGAAUCCAAGUUUAACUUCCACCCUUUUGAGGACCUUCCACCUCCAGAGGAGUACCGGCACGUCAACAAGGUCUACCCCAGCAAGACCAGCAAGGCAAUGAUGAGAGGAGCUCCUCCGGCGCCGCCGGUGGGAAGGUGAACGGACCUCAGCUCAGGACUUUAACGCUCGGUCUGUGAGAGAGGGAGAGAGAGAGAGAGGAGGGAGAGAGAGAGAGAGAGAGAGAGAGGGAGGGGUGAAGACGCGCUCUAAUCACAACACACACUCACCCUAAAACCACCAGCUGGAAGCACAACGUAAACACCGCGACGCCUCAGCAGGUUUGACUCGCCGCUCGCUUUCUGUCUUUUGCACAAGAGAACGAAGAAGAGAGAAGAAGAGAAGAAGAAACACUCGUGGUCAGAGCCGUGGUCGAGGCUUCUGUCCGACGCACCAGGACCAAACUCCUAAACUGUGCAUUCCAACGUUCUUACUUUCUUUUAUCCAUAAUCAUGGUUAUAACGUUUUUAUUA